UGUGCCAAUGCUCCAUCCAUUAAGCCUGAGGGUAUGAGCAAUCCUGGUCAUAAGCAGCGGAAACAUCAGCCUAAACAACCUAUAAAGAUUUCUGGAGAUAUUUCAGUUCAACAAGAAUUUUACAUUUAUUUAUCAGGCAAAGAUUUUUGAUGCCAAUUUCGUAAUUAAAUAAGCCAAUUUAAAAAUGUACAACAUCAAUUACCCAAAGAUGCGUUUAAGAGUAGAGAUUAAUACCUGACCAAGAAGUACGUUGCAGCAUGCAGAGCUCAGACUCAACACUGAUAUAUCCGAUAUCCUGGGAACAGAAUCCCACAGACACUUUUGCACCUUUUUUUUUUUUUUUUAAUAGGUACACCAUAUACAAAAAACUUGGACAUUCUAUGUGGAAUGUGUGUGUGAUCUGAUCUGGUGGAUCGUCACCAAUCGGUGGGACAAAAUGAUUGUCACCUUAAUCAAUUUGUGUUUGGACAGCCUGAAGGAAUUGUCUGAAACCCCCCCCCCCUUUUUACUGUGUACAAAGAGAGAAUGUCAAAGUGGUUCUGAAGAUUUUCAUAAGGUGGGAUUGUAAAAAUACAACAAUUUUACCAGAGGAUGUCUAUAUUCACGCACUGUUGCCAACAUCUCUGAAUAUAAAAGUGAUUUUUUUGUUGAAUAAAGUGUUGUAUUCAAUAUGUUCUGGAACGGGUGAGAAAAUAAUAAACAUUCAAGCUGUCAUUCAGUGAUUUCUCAUUCAAUUCUCACCUAUUCACAUUCUAUUUGAGUUUGAAGAUUUUAUUCUGUUUGCCCUCAAAGGGUUUGUUAAGCCAAUACAAAGAAAGUUUAUAUUUUGUUUAUUUAUUCAAGUUUAUUUGAAAUAGUUUUCUUAAGAUAACCAUCAAAAGAGCACGCUUUAAUAAUAACACAUACAUUUAUUCAAGCUGUCAAUCAGUGAUUUCUCAUUUAAUUCUCAAGUAUUCACAUUCUGAUUGAAUUUGAAGAAUCAUAAGAGAAGUUCCAGUUAAAUAUUCAGGUUAUCAUUUAUGCAUCUGUCCGAUGGUCUUCUUCGGUCUUUCACUGUCAUUUCGCCUCCUGUUAAUCCUCCGCUGGUGUGCCGCACAGGUGUCCCUCAUUAACACUCACACCAGCGGUCUAUAAAUAUGAAACAGUAAGCACUUUCUGCAGUGUUGAAGACAAUCUGUGUCAGAAUCAUGUUAUCGUUUGGCAUUCUCCUUACCUUAAUGGUUCUGAAUUCCAGUCUGGCCUUCAGCGAAGUAAAGAAAGUGAUUGUUUAUGGGGGAAAUGGAGCACUGGGUUCAGAGAGUGUGCGCUACUUCAGAGCCAAAAACUGGUGGGUUGCCUCUAUUGCUCAUAGCAUUAACGCAGAAGCCAGUGCAAAUGUUAAAGUUAAGAUGACUGAAUCCUUCACUGAGCAAGCCAAACAGGUAACAGUGGGUGUUGGUAAGCUGUUGGGUGAUGAGAAAGUUGAUGCCAUCUACUGCGUGGCUGGAGGUCAAGCAGAGGGCAAUGCCAAAGCCAACUCUCUGUACAAGUAUGCUGAUCUGAUGUGGAAGGAGAAUGUGUGGACCUCCACCAUUUGUACUCACCUAGCAACCAAAUACCUGAGAGAGGGCGGGCUGCUCACACUGUCUGGGGCCAAAGUAGCACUGGGGCCAACAACAGAAUCUGUUAGUUUUGGAAUGGCAAAGGCAUCUGUACAUCAGCUGACCCAGAGUCUCAGUGGGCCAAACAGUGGUCUUCCACCGCGAUCUGUUGCUCUAGCAAUCCUUCCAGUGACUUUGGAUACCCCCACAAAUAGGAGGAUCAUGCCUAAUGCUGAUGUCAGUUCCUGGACACCACUAAAUCAUGUAACUCAGCUGUUCUUUAAGUGGACUGUUGGAGAAAGCAGACCAGCUUCAGGCAGUCUUGUGGAGCUUGUUACCGCUAAUGGCAGAACAGUGGCUACCCCUAUUAAAAGCCCUUAGCAUAUUAAUCAGCUGUCAGUCUCCCAAUAAAGACUCUUUUUAAAC